AUGGCCUCGUUCCAGGUCACGAUGGGUUACAUCUCGUCUACAACCCGAGGCGUUAUCGUCUCGUCCAUUCUCCCGACCGGCGCCCUGGCAGCUCUGCUCGCCGGCAUCCUGGCGGACAAGUAUGGACGAAAACGUCUGAUCGUCAGCGGAGCAGUAAUCUACGGAAUCGGCGCCGCCAUCGAGUGCUCCUCAAUGGCCCUGGGCAUGUUCCUCGCCGGCCGGCUGAUCAAGGGCGUCGGGCAGGGUCUGUUCCUCUCUACAGUGUACGUCCAAGUUUCUGAGAUCUCGCCUGCCUCGACCCGAGGGACCAUGACCUCUGUCCCGCAGUUUCUCCUGGUCUGCGGUCUAGUGACGGGCUUCUUCAUGUCCUACGGCACGGCUAGCAUCAAAAACUCUGCAUCCUGGCGCCUGCCUAUCGCGAUUGCCUCGAUUCUCGCAUUCGGAUUUGCAGCGCUGAACCUGCUCACGCCGCCCUCGCCCCGCUGGCUCCUCGCCAAGGGCUACACCGAGGAGGCACGCGCGGUCAUUGCUGCCCUCGGCCUGGACGAGGCGGAGCAGCGCGAGAUGAUGGCCAACUCCGCGUCUGCCCUCGAGCACGCUCCUGACGGGUCCGUAUGGGACUCGCUGCAGCAGACGUUUCAGGACUUUGCCGCAGCCUUCUCGGCGCCGUUCCGAGCCCGCACUGCCUUUGGCUGCUUCAUCAUGGCGUUCCAGCAGUUCUGCGGCAUCGACGGCGUGCUCUACUACGCGCCGAUCCUGUUCCGCCAGGCGGGUUUGUCGGGCGACAAGGCCAACUUCUUGGCCUCGGGCGUGUCGUCGUUGGUGAUCCUGGCAACCGUCGUCCCGGCCACGAUUUGGGCAGACAAAUGGGGCCGGCGGACGUCGUCGAUCCUGGGCGGGACGCUGAUCACGAUCCUGAUGCUGGUCAUGGGCACCAUGUAUGCCGCCAACCUCGUGCACCCGAACUAUGGCGCCGGGCGGUGGGUGGUGGUCGUGUCUAUCUACCUGUUUGCUAUCGUCUUCAAUGGGACGUGGGCUAUUGCUUUUCGGACGUUCCUGGUAGAGAGCUUGCCGAGGAAGACGAGAAGCAGCGCCUCGUCGUUGGGGCAGUGCUCGAACUGGAUUGCAAACUAUAUAGUAGCUCUCACGACUCCCGUCUUCAUUGACCGCACAACCUUUGGAGCAUAUUACUUCUUCGCCUGCUCGGCCUUUAUCUGCACUGUCGGGUGCGCGCUGUACAUGUUCGAGACAAAGGGCCAUACCCUAGAGGUGAUUGAGCAGAGAUAUAUGGAUAGUAAAGCCAAUGCCACGGGCAGCAGGUGGAACAUGGAAAAGUUUAAGCUGAGACCGGUCGCGAGGACCCGUGAGGUUCAGGAUAUUAGUAGACCGGGGUCAUCUCCUACGAGUGGUGAUGAAAGUUUUGAAGUUAAUAACAACAGGUUGAUGGUCUAG